AUGACGUUUUAUAGAAAUCUAGUCUGGUUCGGCAAAGGAUUCCGUGAGUACACGAAAAAUGGCUAUCUCGCUGCUGAGAAGUCCUUCGAUCCCAAAGCUCUCGAUGUUGACAUUUCUUCUCGGUCGUUUAUGAUCACUGGAGCUAACAGUGGAAUUGGAAAAGAUGCAGCUGUCUUUUUAGCGAAGAAAGGAGCUACAGUUCACAUGGUCUGUAGAAGUGAAACAAGAGGCGAAGAGGCGAGAAAAGAAAUCACUGAAGUCUCUGGAAAUGACAGGGUGAAACUUCACCUUUUGGACAUGUCCCACCCAAGAAAGGUUUGGGAGUUUGUAGAAAAGUUUUCAUCGUCUAGUGAGCCUAUCCAUGUGUUAAUAAACAACGCUGGAUGCAUGGUGAACACUAGAGAAGUUGACGAGGAUGGUUUGGAAAAGAACUUCGCCACUAAUGCUUUGGGCACGUACAUUCUAACCAGUGGACUGAUUCCAAUUCUUUUGAAGCAGGAAUCACCGAGAGUUGUUACAGUCUCUUCAGGUUUGUAAAAGUAUGUCAAAAUGUUGCUCCUAACCUGGUAAAAGAUGGUCAAAGUUAUUUCCAUUUUCAAGUUUCAUUAAGCUAUCGCCAUAUGCAUUCAUUGCAUUACAGAUUACGUAAUCAUAGGUAAGAAAUCUUGCGACUUGUCAUGGGAAAGUAAUUAAAUUACGUUUUCGCAUGUAAAAAAUAUCUCUCAUACUGUAUCCUCCCUCAAGUAACAAAUUUCUUUGAACAGGUUAACCGAAAUCUGAAACAAAGCGCCACAUGGGGGAAAUGCCUUCCCUCCCCUCCCCCCGCUCUCCAAUCCUUGCAGUUCACAAGCUAGUACAAGCUACGAUUUGAAUGUCAUUUAUAUUUAAAAACGUUGAGGCCAUUUGUCAGUAAUUGCCUCAUUUUGAACCCCCAUUGAUAAAGUGCACCUCUACUUCCCUCCACCCCAAACCCAACUGCUAAUAUAUGAAAUAACAGUAGUACUCUGUCAGAGUGCUGCCAAAGUGAGUUAAUUCACAUUUUCUUCACCUUUAACCACCUUGUAAACAAGGGGGGGGGACUUCAGGGAUGUUUGGAUGGGGAUAAACUGCUGUGACGGCACCCCAGAACCCUUGGCCUGCAGUAAUACUAGACCUGGUGGAGGUAAACUUUGCAACCCCAUACUAGACUUACUAGAAUGAACUCCCAAAAUCCAUUGAGUCACUACUUUCUGGAAACAACUAAGCUAAAAGGUCAAGUACGCUCUCCAUACUGAAUUUCAGGCAAAUUAAAAUUUCUGAAAGUUGGACAAAUAAAGGAUAUAUUUCUGGAGAAGGUGAAGAGCUACCAUAAAUUUUUCACGAAAUUAACAUGGCUCAGGGCUGCCUCCCUCAUGAAAUUUUAUGCCCGAUGGGGCUUAGCUAGGCCUGAGCUGAUCAACGAGGGAAUGUCAGACCAGUAAAAUAAACCCUGUGGGGAAGUAUGUGUUAUUUCUAAAAGAAGUGGAGUCACUUAAGGCAUUACCCUUGUUUUUCUUUCAUUACAGGGGGUAUGCUUGUGCAGAAACUUGAUGUCAAAGACCUUCAGUUUGAAAAAAUGAGCCCAUUUGAUGGAACCAUGGCAUAUGCACAAAACAAACGGCAGCAAGUUGUCAUGACUGAAAAGUGGGCAGAAAAGUACAAGGAAAUCUUCUUUUCUUCCAUGCAUCCAGGUAACAUUGUUCAACUAAUAAUGAAGCUAUCUCUCAGACACCUUGCUAUGUUACAGGCACCCUAAUAUGAUUUGAAUGGUGGCUAUAUCCCCAGCAAAAGUAACAGACAUUUUGCCUGAAACGGACUCCCAUUAUUAUGGACUCUGGAUCAAAUCUAGCCUGUUCCAGGCUCCAAGAUAGUCGGGUCCACGAAAUUGAGAAAGCAAAAACUGCCACAGCCCUCUUACCCAGAUCACGCGCUGAUAUUUCCAUGUGCGUUUCACUCAUAUGUCAUCCGUACUAUCUGAGAGCCUGGAACAGGCUAGAUCAAAUCAUGUAAUGCUAACUGCUUUUUUGGUUCUUCACCUUCAACAAAAAGUUUACUUCAGUGUCUCACAUACUCACGAACAUUAUUUUGUUGGUGUGUUUGUCUGCCAGUGAAGGGGCAUCAUUGAUGAUUCCAGAUCCAAAGAGCUUUAAUGAGUUCUGUUACAGAAAAUGAAGAUAGAACUCAAGAGGAGUAUGGUUACAGUUUCUCUUUCCCAUAUUAUGUAACCAUUGAAAAGGUUUCCCCCUGUCUUGAAGAACAGUGCAAGCCAGUAAGUUGAUCAAGAUCACUUUAAAGAGUGAUAACUCUUUUAAAUAAUUAAUUAUUAUUAAUUUGUAGGUUGGGCUGAUACUCCAGCAGUGAGGUCAUCAAUGCCAGGUUUCCAUCAAAAAAUGAAGGAUCGUCUUCGAACUUCAGAACAGGGAGCGGAUACAAUCGUAUGGUUGGCUGUUGCUGAUAUAUCUAAGCAGACCAGUGGUUCAUUUUACCAAGACAGGAAAGCAGUUGCAACACAUUUACCACUUGCAUGGAGCAAAGCUUCUGAUAUUGACAAAGACAAACUGAUGUCUGAACUUGAAGAAAUGGCAUCAAAGUUCAAAUAA